GGGGGGAGAGGGAGAGAGGGCUGCUGACUCAGGAACUGUCUCCCCGUCGGACUGAAGCGGCUGCAGAGACGCGAACGAGGCACAGCUAUGUUGGGUGUCCUCACCCUUCUGUCCCUCAGCUCCCUGGUGGCCCUGGUGCCUCCUCCAAACGUUCCUCCUGUCUUCUGCAGGCAGUGCUGUGAUCACCUGGAGCCAGCAGAGGGCAGUGGAGCGGAGCCUCUCACAGCAGGGUUCAACCAUGUGCCGGAAGUCCGCACCUACAUCAACAUGACCAUCCUCAAAGGUGACAAAGGUGACCGUGGCGACAGAGGAACUCCAGGUAAAGGUGGACAAGAAGGCCCUUCAGGCUCCAGAGGUCCCAUGGGCUCAAAAGGCUCUAAGGGCCAGGCAGGUCUCCCUGGAGACCCCUGCAAAGACCAGUACUCUGCCUUCUCCGUCGGCCGUCGCAAAUCCCUCCACAGCCUGGAGUCCUACCAGGCGCUUGUGUUUGACACGGUCUUCGUCAACCUUGGCGACCACUUCAACAUGUUCGAUGGGAAAUUCCUCUGCAGAGUCCCGGGGAUCUACUUCUUUAACAUCAACAUCCACACGUGGAAUUUCAAAGAGACGUAUCUACACAUCAUGCACAACGACACUGAGCAGGCCAUCGUUUACGCCCAGCCCAGCGAGCGCUCCAUCAUGCAGAGUCAGAGCCUGAUGCUGGAGCUGGAGCUGAAGGACGAGGUGUGGAUCCGUCUGUACAAGAGGGAGAGAGAGAACGCAAUUUACAGUGAUGAUGUCGAUGUCUAUAUCACUUUCAACGGAUACCUCAUUAAAGGUAGUCUAGAGGGAAACUGAGUGAGGGAAGGCCGAGGAUGGGACUGUUGAGCUCAGUGUGAUGGAAAGCAGACAAAGUGAACUGACAUGGCAGCAGAAAUCCAAUUCAAUGUAAAAUUGUUUAUAUAUUCUAUAUGUAGAUUGAAAAAAGUGGUUCAGCUUGCUCCACGGUGGUGCUUGAAUCUAAAUGGUUACCGAGAAUAAAAGAUUACCUCUUUGAGAUAAUGUGAAGAAAUAAACCGAAUAUGCUCAUCACCCUAAUAGAAAAGGUAAUAGUUCAACAUACUAACUACACCCAUCUUCAAACGCAAUUAUUUUGAACUCAAUUACACACCUGUAAACAUUUGUGACAGCAUCAUGCACUAUUGUGACGCUAUCACAGUGACAAAAUCUGUUCAAAGACAGAAAUAUAUAUAUAAAAGUACGCCUCAGUCAGCGUCUCCAGGACCACAAUUUGCACAAAUUACACAUUACACAAACACCCAGACUCACAAGGUGAAAACAACACUAGCUACACACUCUUGCGGCUGGGAACUAGUAUCGAGAGUGUAUCAAUCUUCUCAUCUAACUCUCAACCAAAAAGCUAAGAAGUCUAUUUCCAAACAUGGGCUGUUAAUGUUCCCUGUAAAUUAAAGUGUAAAACUAGAUGGAUUUAAAAUAACGAGUAUUUUUUUAGAGAUUGAACCCCUAGAGCAAUAAGAGUAUUGAUUUUAAAACACAUUAAGACAUGGUUUGUCAUACAUAAUUUGCAAUAUGUUUACUAUCAGUGACGAAUGAAAAUUGAAAGAUUUUGAAUAUACAGUAUUCUCGCUCGGUAAUGAAGAACUAAGCAGUGGUUUAUGCAAUUGGAUAUGAUAAGAAAACUUUACUUAGUGAGUUUACAGAUUAUUGUGAACUGUUGAAUUUUGUAUGUGGUGCUUAAACAUGGUGCUAACUGAACUACAGUUGUGAAACUGCAGGAAGAACAAUGUCUGGAUGUCACAGAAAUAUAUAUUGGAUUCAUUUUGAUUUAUUUGUUAUGGACUGAACUAUGUUCUGUGUACUUGAAAGUUUCUCUCCCUCCCUUUUUUAUUAUAGUUCCAUGUGAAUGAAGAUAAUCUGGAGGCCAAACUGCAACAUAAAGCAGUAAUAGGUAAUCUGACAAGUGAAAAGUUAAUUAUAUUAAAUUGACUCAUGUCAGCUGUGACACAAUAACCUGCAAUUAAUACAGAUAUUAUUAACUUUGGUACUAACAUGACAAAUAUUAAAGCAUUAAUGCAGUUAUUCCAAUUUUAUAAUUUUCUUUAUUGUAGUAAUCACACCAAUGUACUAUGUUUGUACAUGUUUUACUAAUAUUGUUUAUACUGAUAUUAACAUUGUGUUUUAGCCACAAAUUUGAAUGCAGUUCCUCACUGUGAGGAACUGUGAGGAUGAUUUUAAGUGAUCUCAUGUCAACCUCUCAUUCAGUAAAAACUUUACAAAUAAA